UCAGAUCAGUCCUGUUGCAGACUCGGAUCAGUGCCGACGUAAUAAUGGCCAACAGGUUACUGUUGUGUCUUGUAUUAGUGUGUGUGUUGACGGAUUAUUCGUUAUGUGGAAGAUUUUCAUCUAGAAGUCGUAGUGGUGGAAGUUCCCGGUCGGGAUCAAGUUGGAGCUGGGGAGGAAGAUCAAGUUCAGCAAGCAAACCUUCAAGCUCUAGUUCAAGGCAUAGUUAUCCUUCAUCUAGCUCAUCCCGUUUAUCGGGGUCUGGACAAAGUUCGCAUAACUACCCUUCUUCUUCAUCUGGCUCAUCCCAUCUAUCUGGUUCUGGACAAAGUUCGCAUAACUACCCUUCUUCUUCAUCUGGCUCAUCCCGUCUAUCUGGAUCUGGACAAAGUUCACAUAACUACCCUUCUCCUUCAUCGGGCUCAUCCCAUUUAUCUGGGUCUGGACACCCUUCUCCUUCUUCUGGCUCAUCGAUUUUAUUUGGCUCCGGACACAGUUCGCAUAACUACCCAUCGUCUAUAUCCAAAUUAUCGGGGUCAUCAUCAGGAGGAAAACCAGCGUUUACUGGCACUGGGUCAGCCAGUAAAUAUCCACCAUCACCAAGUUUAUCGGGUUCUGGAUCAGGAAGUAUUAUAUAUCCACCGUCUCAUGGACUUUCUGGUGUAGGAAGACCAGUUACUUCUUUUGGAAACCAAGCUAAGCCAACAAAUGUCGUUAAGCAUAAUUAUCCGCAAUCGUCAUCCGGCUUAUCGGGAUCUGUAAUUCAAAAGCCAUCGCAUUAUAACCCUUCUUCAAGUGGUACACAUAUUAAUCCACCACACAGUUCUGUUUAUACAAACACGCAUAGUGGUUUUGGAUCAGGGUAUGGUUAUAAUUCACAUAACUACUAUAACAGCUAUGCUUCAGCACCCCAGCAUAUCUAUAUAACUGAAUAUCGGAAUUCGAACAGUCGAUAUAGUGACAUUUUAACUGGUUUGGCAUUGUAUAACCUGGGCCGUUCUAAUAGCCAUUAUAAUCAUCACUAUUAUAACGAUGAUUACUACACUCGGAGGUAUUAUUCAUCAGGAAAUUCUCAUCCGUCGAAUGAAAGACCCAUAGACGAAGCAUAUUGCACAUUAAGAAUUAAAGAAAAUAAUAAACUCGAGGUGUUAAAAAUACCUUGUGAGAUUGUUUCUACAUUUACGGAAGGUAGUAAAAAAUUGUCGCCUGAUAUAGAAACUAAAACGGUAUGUGUAUCUAAUCAUACCAUAAUAAACAAUACGCAAGUACCUACAGUUACUACGACUUCAACAACAAGCCCUUUGAAUAUGUCAUCGUUGAAAGCGACUAUAUCAUCAAGUAAUAAGACCACCAUACCAGAAAUACCUGCAAAUAUAUCCACUUCUGAAAAUAAUUUAGGUAUCAUACCUGUAAAUGCAACUAACCUGACAGCCCAAGUUGAAGUAUUAAAUCCGUCAACGAUUGUCGCUCUCACAUCAAUAACAGAAUCUACUCCAGCUUCUAAUACAACUGCCGCUAUUACUACUAAUACGACAACAAUAUUACCUACAUUACACGUUAUCACAUCAACGACUUCACCUUCUCUACCAGCUAGCCAACAAGAUACCGUAUCGACCUCAACGGCUAAUCCUUCGAAUGUGGUAAAUAAUGCGACUUUACCUCCUCCUGUUACGUCAAAUAUCACUGUGAUAAAUUCGACCAAGUGUACCACGACUACAGAUCCCUUGACUGUAAAAGGACCGCCUUUAAACCCAACAAAUAUGGAGUGUGAAGUGGAUAUUAUUACUAAAACAAAUCGCCUUAGAACGAAAGUAGAUUGCAACAUCUUAACAGAAUAUUCAAAGCUGCCGGAACCACCUAAGAAGGAAAGCGCCAUAUUGCCAUCGAGAAAUAAAUUAAAGUCAUGGCUUGCUAACCCUCCGUGGUGGAUGUCAAUAUUUAUAGCAGUAUAAGCUUAAGGAUUAAGUAAGACUUAAUGUUAUUAUUAUUAAAUAAUUACCUUAGUUUACCACUUAACUAUUAGUUAUGUAAUAUGUUAGAAUUAGUAUGAAUGAAUUUUAUGAGAGUAACAAAUUAUGAUAUGUGACUUAAUAUGUUACCAAAGUGUAAAUAAAUGUAUUUUGACAUUUGCUAUUAUAUUGAUAUUAGAAUUGAAGCUCAGUUGAUUUUUUUUGCUUUGAAAUAAGGGCUUUCAACUAUCAUAUUUUAUCUGGUUACAUCUUAGUGUAACAAUUUAAUCUAUUGGAUGUGUAUAAAGAGUAGCUUGAUUGUUGUCUUCGAAUUAUCAUUUGUUUUUAAUUUCGUCUUAUUUUUGCGCUGUACUGUUGUUCUGAUUCCUUUUGAUUGGAGUCACUACUUUAAAUCAAUUAAGUUUUUAAUAAUAUCAAUUUACUUUUAUAUCCAACAUUUGUUGAUGGUAACCCUAAAAUAGUAAUUAUAACUUUUAUGGACAUGGUUAUGCAAUGUAAGUACGAUAACGAUGAUGUUGUUUUAUUACACAAUAAUUUGUUUUAAUGCGUAUCAAUCAAACGACAUUUUAUUAUAUUUACGAGUACAUAACUAAAUAUGUAAAAUAUCUUAGAGGCAGUAUGUGUAUCGAACACAAAUUUAUUGAAAUUUUAGUGAGAAAUGUGUAAAGCCAGCAAACCGUACCGCCAACACUUCAAUUGUAAAAAAAUAAACAAUUUGUAAUAUUUUUUUUGAUGUGAUAGUUUGAUAAUACGACCGAAAGCAAUAUAAAUUAGUUUGAUGAACAUUAUUGUUAAUUAAAUAAAGUAUGUUAUUUUCUUAAAGAAUAUAUAAAAUAAUUUACAGAACACAAAUCAUAUUAUAUAAUUACUUAUAAUACCCCGAUUUUCCUUGUGCUGCAUAUUCUGUUAUUUAUCACGUAUAUUGAUUGUACCAUAAACAAUCUUAGAACGAACAUCAAUAACUACCUAUGUUAUCUAUAACAAUAACUACCUAUGCUAUAUAUAAAUGGAGUAAAUAAAUUGUUUUGUCAUUCAGUGGCCUUUGUCUAUAAGAGAUUUUAUGUAAAUAAAGAGAAACAAUCUAUUACUUUAUUCGUGAAC